AGCUCCCAUUUUCAUUUCAUUCCAAUUUUCAUGGGAAAUGGAUACGCUGAAUACUUCUUCAGAAAGUAUCCUUUCACGUACUAUAAUACAGUUCGUUGGACCAUUCAAACAAAGAGCAACCAACAACUCACCUGGUGACUUUUGGCUCACGCUUCCUAUAUUUGCCACAGAGUGUGCCGAGCGUUUCAACUUUUAUGGUUUUACAGCGUUGCUUACUUUAUACUUUCAGCAGCACCUCCAUUAUGGCACUCAACAGGCAGCUGCCAAUUUCAACUAUUUUCAAGCUCUGUGUUAUUGUACUCCGUUAUUGGGUUCAUGGUUUGCUGAUCAGUACCUAGGAAAAUAUCGAACCAUUGUAUACUUUACUCUUAUUUAUCUUUCUGGCCAAUUGUUGUUGCCACUUUCGUCGUUGUUACAAGAAGAAGUGACUUGGACCAAGUUAUUGACCUUUCUAUCCUUAUUUUUGAUCGCUCUUGGGACUGGAGGCAUAAAACCUUGUGUCAGUGCUUUUGGUGCAGAACAAGUAGAGUGGCGUCAUAAAGUUAGAUUACAGUGUACUGCUGUUAGCUUAGAAAGAAAUGCGUUAUCAACUAGUCAACUUUCAAAGGACUUUGUCGACCCGUUACUACAGAUGAACGAUAACUUCAAUGAUGACAUGGUUGAGGAACAAGUAUCCAAUGGAUAUCCAAUUGACGCAAGUCAUACUUCCGUUGAAGAUCGUUUGAAUACGACUAUUUACUUUGCGAGAUUCUAUUUAUGUAUUAAUAUGGGUGCCAUUGCAGGACAAUUGAUCUGUCCUUGGACAAAGCAAGUCUUUGGAUGGAGUGGAGCCUACUUUGUUUCGGCAAGUGUUCUGCUCUUAUCAUUGGUUACAUUUUUGAAUGGCAUGCGUUUCACUGGUUACGUUCAUAUUCAAAAAGAAAGUAGUCCAACAUUACUUCAUCAUAUAAGGCAUACCGUUGUUUCAUUUUCAAGUAUCUUCUUUCACCGUAAUGACCAAAAUAAUCAAUUGUAUAGAACAACGAGAGCUAUAGAAGAAUGGCGUUGUAUUUUACGAAUAAGCUUGUUACUUUCUCCCAUUGCAAUCUUUUGGAUGUGCUGGUCUCAACAGGGAGCUACUUGGAUUCAGCAACUAUCCUUGAUGGAGAUGCCUCGUAUUUUCGAUAUACAAAUGAACCCAGCACAAUGGACUGCUUGGAAUCCCUUAAGUAAGUGGCUUUAUAUUGUUAUUAAUCAUUUUCAAUCAUUCUUUUUACUCUAGUUGUGUUACUGGGAGUUCCAAUUAGUGCGGAGUGGAUCUAUCCUAGAAUACAAAAAUAUAUUCGAUGGACUUCCACCGAUAGAAUAUUUUUGGGCAUGCUUUUGACUUGUCUUGCUUUUAUAUGCAGUGCUGUUGUUCAAUUUCAAAUACAAAAAGCAAUGCCUUUUCAAAUUUCAGCUUGGAGAACUUUACCUCAAUGGAUCUUGUUAUCUGUUGGAGAGAUUCUAGUCAGUGUCUCUGGAGUUGAACUUGCCUUUGCUUCCGCUCCUAUCCAACUAAAGAGUACAAUUCAAGCAAUCUGGCUGCUAACUUCUGCUCUUGGUAGUCUUUUAGCCGCUCUUUCAUUGGAAUGGUUCGAUUGGAAUUAUAUAUAUCUCUUUGGUUAUUAUAGCUUUUCUAUGUUCCUAGGAGCCCUUGUCUUUCAUAGGAUUGUGCAUUUACAACAGUUGGGUGAAGAUCCAACG